CAUUUGUUAGCAGGGGAGGGAUUGUCAAAAUGAAAAGAGUCUGUCACCUGUGAAGCAAGAGAUUUAGUUAAAUCCAUUCUUGCAGGUGAUCUGGAUUGCAGUAGACCAAUGAAAUUCUCCAGACCUUCUAAGACUUUUAUAGCUGUUAUCAUCUUUGCCAUUUUGAUCAUUAUUGCUGUUGCUACAAUUGUCGUCCUUGUUCUUGGUAAAAACACGUUAAGUCCCUUCCUUGGCUAUUAUAAUGGAUCCUUUAGGAUAACCAAUUUAAACUUCAAAGAUGAAUAUAAAAACAGACAGAGUGAUGGAUUUAAAUCAAUAUCAGUUCAAAUUGAAGAACUUCUUACAAAGACAUUUGAAAAUUCCGAUAUCAAAAGUCAGUACAAUGGAUCAAAAGUCACCAGUAUAAGCUCUGGGAGUGUUAUACCAGUAUUUGUGUUGAUAUUCUACAUGGCUAAUACUGUGAGGAACAAUGUAACCACUGAUUUUGUCAAGAAAGUAUUAACAGACAACAUGAAAAAUACAUCAGGAAACACUUUUACUGUUGAUCAGAACUCACUCAUGUUGUCAGAAAUGCCAGUACAAGUUGCACAAAAUAUACUUAGCACUGCUACAAACAUGAUCAUAACUACUACUGCCACCACUCAGAUACCAGAACAGAGAAGUACAGUACCUGUGAAGAAUGCUGAAACUACUUCAGCUGCUGCGAACACCAGUGCACAAACCCUCACAGUCCCCAGCUUGAUCAAAACUACAACUGCCACCACUCAGAUGCCAGAACAGAGCAGUACAGCCACCAGCUUGAUCAAAACUACAACUGCUACCACUCAGAUGCCAGAACAGGGCAGUACAGCCCCCAGCUUGAUCACAACUGCCACCACUCAGAUUCCAACAGGUACAGCUCCCAGCUUGAUCAGAACUACUACCACCACAACUCAGAUGCCAGAACAGAGCAGUACAGCAACUUUGAGGAAAACUGCAAGUACUGCUACUGAAAGCACCAAUGCGCAAACACUUACAGAGUCAACAAACAUUAGCAGCACUACGACCACUACAGAGAUUUCAACAACAUCCUCAAAUGUCAUGCCAGUCACCACUCUUCAGGCCGCAGCUGAAAAUUUUAAAGCUUGUGGUGUAGGAGGCCCAUCAGCAGUGGCAAACAGAAUAGUAGGAGGAACCAAUGCUGCUGUUGGCUCUUGGCCUUGGCAGGCUGGUCUGAGAUACAAUAAAUAUUACAUUUGUGGAGCCUCGUUGAUCAGUGAUACCUGGCUUGUUACUGCUGCUCACUGCAUUAUCUCACAAGUUCCAAGUUUGUUUACUGUAAUCUUAGGAACAAUUUUAUCAACGUCCUCAUCUGUGUUAUAUCUGGAAAGUAUUAUAGUACAUGAAAAAUAUACAAGAUCAACCUCUGGAAAUGACAUUGCCCUUCUUAAAUUGUCUAUUCCACUGAAAUUCACAAGAUAUAUUGGACCAGUUUGUCUACCACAGAUAUCCGAUAUCUUUGCUGAUGGCUUGCCAUGUUACAUCACUGGAUGGGGGACACUUUCAGAAGGAGGGUCUGUAUCUAUUACACUGCAAGAGGCUGAGGUAAAGAUCAUUGGUACAGAGACCUGCAACAGUUCCCAGAUGUAUAAAAGUAUGAUAGGGCCAUCAAUGAUAUGUGCUGGAUAUGUGGAUGGAAACAUUGAUUCUUGUCAGGGAGAUUCUGGAGGUCCUCUUGUUGCCAAAAAAGUUAAUGACACAUCAUGGUAUCUUAUUGGAAUUGUGAGUUUUGGAGAAGGUUGUGCCAGGGUAAAUAAGCCUGGAGUUUAUUCAAGGGUAACUUAUUUGCGGAGCUGGAUCACACAGAAGACUGGCAUAUAAAGCAAAUCUUCAGGAGUAUGUCAAGAAGUUAAAUUUGAGUGGUAUCACUAUACUCAAUCCUUAAAGGAAAACCAGCAAAUCAGAUAGAUGCACAAUAAAACUGUUCUGUAUCAAGCACACAUCCUUUUAAGACUCACAUCAUUUGUGACUCAGAUGGGCUUUCUGUUUUCUGGUACUGGGGAUGAGCCACAGAAGUUGUCUGAACUGUAUAUACAGCUUACUGUACACAUGUUA